AUGCAGCGUCUCUUGGACCAGCCUCAUGCCUCCACGACUACCGCAAUACCCUCGGCUGAGAGAGACUCGCCAUUCGCUCUACAGACUCUACAAGCAAAGGAGACAGCGAACACGACAGCUGAGAUCCUGGGAUACAAGUUCCGCGAUGAUGUUUCAGCUACCCUCACGUCUUUGAAAGAUACAUUGGAAACUCAAUUUGAGAGCAGCGCGUCCGAUCAAUUCUUGUCACAUCAGACUAUAGUUCAUCCCUCGUUGAGCGCGCAGUUACCCCCAGUCUCUUUCGUUGUCGAAAUCGUGAAGAGUAUCAAAGCUCGCCCUCCAACCAUACUGGUCGCAUUCUCCAUGCAUGAUAUGUCCUUCGUGGAAAAUUUAUUCCGAAAGGUCUAUCUCCCGUUCGAACCAGCUACUUCUGGAUCGGUCGCGCUUGCGCAAGGCUUGCUGUACUUCAUUAUGCGCGACAUGUUGCAAAGCCGUGACCCGAUCAGUGAGCGAAAUGAUUUUGCUGGCUUCAUGAAGACUUGCGAGGAGAGCUUCUCAACCGCUCUCGCAAAUUUCGAAGUUUUUGCCGUUCCGGCGCUCGAAAACGUUCAAGUACUGUUUUUCGGGGCGAUCAAAGCUACGGAUGAGGGCAAGUUAAAUCUGGCCUGGACUUAUCUGUCUUCGGCAUCCACAAUGUGCCAUACGCUCGGCAUUCACCGCGAAUCCAUUCUCAGAAAGGACCACCCCGAUGUAGCCCACCAGAAACGCCUCGUGUUCUGGGUAUUGCAUAUGAUCGAGAAGAACCUGUCUCUCACCCUAGGCCGCAGCUCCAACUUCAGGGAUUACGAUAUCGAUUGCGAUUAUUUCUCGGUUUCCUCGGACCCUCGCCUAGCGCCUUGGGAUCUUGCCAACAUUGCUUGUAUCAAGGUCGGUAGUGUCCAGAGCAGAAUGUAUGACCAGUUCUACUCCGCCACUGCCAAGCGACAAAGCCCCGAUCAGAGAGCUCAGGCUGCGGAAGAGAUUGUUGUUGAGGUCCACCGUUUGCGGGACGAACUCAGAUCGAUCGAUACCAGCGGGGCGUACCUUAUAGAAUGGUUACAAGUCGCAAUGUCCCAUGAUGGAUUCUUCUUCAACUCCCUUCUCACUACAUGCUAUCUUUGCCAGACGAGUACUUCCGAAUAUGCCGAGAUUAGCACCAGAUGCCAUAGCGCUGCAAAACUUAGUCUUUCUGAGUUCAGCGGUACGUCAGACAGGGUUCAUCAUUAUGACUUUUAUAAAAGCUGCGACUUCCUCAAUUGGGUUCUACUGUUCACAUCCUUUACACCGUUUGUCGUUGUCUUCGCACAUGCAGUUGCGACGAACGAUCAAGAAGAUCUGGACCUGCUUCAGAACACAGUGAAUGCGCUGGAUAGGGUCAAAGACAUCAACAGGUGGUCGCAUCGGCUUUACAGUGUCUGUAAAGCGUUCCUUGAUGUUUCGGUCUCUCUGAGUAAUGCCCACCAAGUGAGCCUUGGUCUUACUCAGCAAGAAGAUGGCUCUUUGCUUUUCCCUUCACCGAAUAUGGCUGCAGAGUUCACUCGGCCCAAUGCUAUCUCAAACGAUAAUAUGACCGAUGAUGAUCUGUCGGAGUUCAUUGAAAGUUUGGUAGGGACGGGCAUGACUUUUGCAGACAUGACAUAG